AUGUCGUCGCCCCUCCGUGAGAACUUUUACGCGGUCUGCGUCUGCGCCUUUGCGUCGCUCGGCGGCAUCUUCUUUGGCUACGAUAACGGCGUCGCUGGCGGCGUUAUGGUCAUGCCUUCGUUCCUCGCCGACUUUUGCAUCGGCUACGGCGGCAACACCGAGGCCGCCUGUAAUGCGUCCACCGCCAACCUCCCGGACAACUGGAUCAACUUUACCACCGUCUACAACGUGCUCUACUACGUCGGCUGCAUGUUUGGCGCCAUCAUCGGCGGCUACACGGCCGACAAGUACGGCCGCCGCCUCACCAUCUUCUCGGCUGCUGUCUUGUACUGCACCGGUAGCGUCAUCCUCGUCACGGCCGGCCACGGCGCGCGCGCUCAAGUGUUUGUCGCCCGUGUCAUCCAAGGCUUUGGCGUCGGCAACGCCUCGUUCUCGCUGCCCGUCUUUGGCGCCGAGAUGGCCCCCAAGGAGCUCCGCGGUAUGCUCUCGGGUCUCAUGCAGAUGGCGGGUGUGACCGGUAUCAUGCUUGCCGGUAUCAUCAACGCGAUCGUCCAGGACGUCAACCAAGGCUGGCGCAUCACGGUCGGCAUCGGUCUCUUCUUCCCCGUUGUCGUCAUGCUCGGUAUCUUUUGCGUGCCCGAGUCGCCGCGCUGGACGUACAAGGCCAAGGGUCGUGAGCCCGCCGCGGUCCAGCUCAAGCGCCUGCGCAAGAACGACAACGUCGACGAAGAGCUCAACGCGAUCGGCGACGUCCUCGAAGAAGAAGGCACGGCCGAGACCACGUGGUCGGAUGUCUGGACCGACCCGUCGAUCCGCCGCCGCCUGUACAUUGCCAUGUGCCUCCAAGUGCUGCAGCAAGCCACGGGCGUCAACCCCGUCUUUGCGUACGGCGGUCAGAUCUUCAAGGACGUGCUCAACCAGGGCAUCAUCUGUCUUCUCAUGAUCCAAAUCGUCAACUUCCUCUCGACGAUCCCGGCCAUGCGCUGGGUCGACAGUUACGGUCGUCGCAGCUUGCUCCUCAUCGGCGGUAUCGGUAUGGUCGUCGGCCACGUUGUCUCGGCGACGGCGUUUACGAUCGGUUGCGACGGUGACACGGUGUCGCUCGGGUGCUCCAAGAGCGCGGGCUGGGUCAUGGUCAUCUCGACGAUGGUGUUCAUCUUCAACUUUGCGAUUUCGUGGGGUCCGAUCUGCUGGAUCUACCCGGCCGAGAUCUUCCCCAUGAACGUGCGCGCCAAGGCGGUCUCGGUGUCGACCAUGAUGAACUGGGCCAUGGGCGCGGUCAUGAUCGGUGUGCCCAAGCUCUUCCCGUACAUCAACAUCAACGGCGUCUUCUACCUCUUUGCGGGUCUCUGCUUCCUCGCGAUGACGUUUGUACAUUGA